AUGGGAGAAGACGAAAAGGUUGCAGAGUAUGUAUUAAAGGUGCAGAAACUCAUCCAACUCAUGAAGGCUUGUGGUGAAACCCUAACUGAUAAGAUGAUAGUCGAGAAGGUACUGCGUACGUUGACCUCUCACUUUGAUCACGUUAUGGUAUCUAUUUCAGAAUCCAACAAUCUUGAAACCCUAAAAUUGGAAGAUUUGGUUGGUUCAUUGGAAGCGCAUGAGAUUAGGACUGUCGAAAGGAAAGGAGUUCAAGAUUCGAUACAAAAUUUGCAGGGAAAGAAUGGUGGUUCCAACAAAUUUAAAGGCAAAGUUGACAAGACUCAGGGCAAGAAGCCUUGGUCAAACCCUCACAAGCAGCAUGCCGAAGAUAGAACUUCUGAAUCCUCGAAAAGAGGAGGAGGAAACUAUCGAAAGGACAAAAAAGAUAAGAAAGGUGUGCAGUGCUAUCACUGUGAGAACUGGGAUCACUUGUCUAAACAUUGUUGGUACAGGAAAGACAAUGGAUCGAAAAAAGGCAAGGACGAAGGAGAGAACUUUGCAUGCCUAGGGUCAGAUGAUUCUGAAGGUAUGAUGGUUAUGGCUGCAGUUGCAGAUAACCAUGUUGAAUCCAAAAUAUGGUUCCUCGAUUUAGGCUGCUUGAAUCACAUGACUGGUUAA